AGAUUCGGCCGUUCUCUCCUGGGUGUGUACUAUCAUCGGUUCUAUCAUCACACUACUUGGUCUAACAUGUGAGAUACACUGAAAAGUUAGCUAUAUCCUCGCCGGAACACUAUGAUCACUUCCGGUAGCCGUUUAGAUCCGAUAGAGCAGUGAGUCGGUGUCGCGGUAAAACAUGGUGUGUCGUAGUGCUACAGCUAGGAUUUUCCUUGCGAUCAUCGGCUUUCACGUGCUACAGCUCGCUAUCCUUGAACAAGAUGAGGAUAUACCUCACAUGGAGGUGAAAAAUUGGGCGUUAAAAUUUGGUGUCGACUUAUGGGAAUACGGCAAAAUGAUGACAAAAAUGAAUGAGUUACAAAGGAAAUAUCAUGACGCUGACAUGGAUGUCGUGAGAAAAGACGGCCUAAUUCUCAUAAGAGAAAUGGCUACCGAAGUGAAAAAUAUGAUGGACUUCAAAAUUAGUGCCGUCAAGAAUAAUGGAUUCCGCAGAACAGGCAGCAUUGACUCCAAGGGGUGACAAUGGUCAACCUUUCCGGUACUAUAACGCUGAAAGACUGAAUGCAUUUGGGCCUGAUGGUAAACCAGCGGAUGGUACUAGGGAACUAGUACUAACUCCUAAUCCGCAUUUUGAUCAUUUGCCUGUCAAUACUAGCGUUAGUACCAUUCUCUUGCCUGCCAACGUUGAUGAAAAUG